UUUAAACUCACUCACUCACUCAUCAAAACUCGAAAACAAAACAGCUUUUCUUGUUCUCUCUUCUUCUUUUCUCUGUUCUCAGCUCAGUUCAAUCAAGUUCAUAAAAAUGGCAUCUUUUGCCUCAAAAACUCUGGCUUUCCUCUUUCUCGUCUCUCUACUCCAUUUGGGUUCAUCGGCUAGGAUUCUUUCCGGUGAGUCCGACAAAACCCAGGAGCCACUUCCUUUCCAGUACCACAAUGGCCCUCUUCUCUUUGGAAAAGUCUCCAUUAACCUGAUAUGGUACGGAAACUUCAAGCCAUCCCAACGAGCCAUUGUCUCCGACUUCAUUACCUCCCUUACUUCUCCAUCUUCUUCCAAACCCAACACAGACCAACCAUCAGUCAGCACGUGGUGGAAGACCAUCGAAACCUACCAGCGCCUUGCUAACUCCAACUCCAAGAAACCUUCGUCCCUCUCCAUCUCAUUAGGAGCCGAGUUCAUCGACGAGACCUACUCUCUCGGAAAAACGUUGACCAGUAAACACAUCGUGCGACUGGCCUCCAAGGGCGGUCAAAAGGACGCCAUCAACGUUGUUUUGACUGCCGCUGACGUUGCCGUCGAAGGGUUCUGCUCUAGUAAGUGCGGGACACACGGUUCAUCUCGGUCCGACAACAAAUUGAGAGGAAAUAUAAAGAGCUCCAAGUUCGCUUACAUCUGGGUCGGAAACUCGGAGACCCAGUGCCCAGGUCAAUGCGCAUGGCCGUUCCACCAGCCCAUUUACGGACCACAAGCACAGCCACUGAUUGCUCCAAACAACGACGUGGGUCUUGACGGAGUGAUCAUCAACCUGGCUAGCCUUUUGGCUGGAACCGCAACGAACCCGUUCGGAAAUGGGUACUUCCAAGGACCGAAGGAGGCUCCACUAGAGGCGGGUUCGGCUUGUCCCGGUACUUUUGGGAAGGGGGCCUACCCUGGAUACGCCGGUGAUCUCUUGGUUGACCCCACGACUGGUGCCAGCUACAAUGCUCACGGCGGCAAUGGAAGGAAGUACUUGCUUCCGGCUCUGUUUGACCCUUCCACCUCCACUUGUUCUACCUUGGUUUGAUCAGCUUGAGAUACGAAUUAAGAGCAUUUGUAGGUGUUAUAUGAUAUGAUAUGAUGUGCCUAAUACUUGUUAUUAAUUAGUAUAUAAUAUAUAUAUAUAUAUAGAGGGAUUGUUAAUUAAUUAUUUAAUUCUUUUUUAUUCACCAUGUAAAGUAAACCACGAUUAUAAUAAAGCUUUGGUAUUAUUCUUUACAUGAAA